CCCCCGGCCGAGCCUCGGAAGGGCUGGAGAAGCGAGCCUCGUUUAGACUCCAGGCAUGUAGAGGAGAGCUGUGAGAUCACCCGGGUUAUAAAUAUCUCGGUGCCAGCAGCUCCGCGCUCUCGGAUCGCGCUCUCCCUCCAGCGGGCCGACGAUGCCUUCCCUGCGCGCCGGAGCGCACGCCCGUUUGCCCCAGAGGUGCCGCGGCAUUCGCAGCCGCCUCCGCAAAAUGCCCUGCGCGUCCCUCCCGCUGGAAGAAUGAGCUUGUCUUUCUUCCUCUGCCUUCUCUUUCUCAGCCACCUGAUCCUCCUCGCUUUGGCACAGAAGGAGACGCUGCCCCCCAGAGCGCAACUUGGAGACGCGGCUUUGCGUGCCAAAAACAGCAGCAGAAGCAGGCUUGGAAGUAGGAAUACCACUUCUUCUUCCUCCUCCUCCUUUUCAGCCCCUUCCCCUUAUUUCGCCCCCUCUUCGGGAGUUCAAGGCAGCGGUUCCGAAAGGAGCAGUUUCCAGUGGAGCCCAUCCGGGCGCAGAACCGGCAGCCUCUAUUGCAGAGUGGGCAUCGGUUUCCAUCUCCAAAUCCACCCCGAUGGGCAUGUCAACGGCUCCCACCAAGGCAGUAUCUUAAGUAUUUUGGAAAUAUUUGCUGUGUCUCAGGGGAUUGUAGGAAUACGAGGAGUUUUCAGCAACAAAUUUUUAGCAAUGUCGAAAAAAGGAAAACUCCACGCAAGUGCCAAAUUCACAGACGACUGCAAGUUCAGGGAGCGGUUUCAAGAAAACAGCUACAACACGUACGCCUCAGCAGUUUACAGGACUGAGAAGACGGGCAGAGAAUGGUACGUGGCCUUGAACAAACGGGGCAAGGCGAAAAGAGGGUGCAGCCCUCGGGUGAAACCCCAGCAUAUCUCGACACAUUUCCUCCCGAGGUUCAGGCAACCAGAACAGCCGGAACUGGCUUUCACUGUCGCCGUUCCUGAGAAGAAGAGACCACCUGUCGCCAUCCCAGCAAAGCCAAAGGUCCCGUUGCCGGUGCCUCGGAAGAACUCGCCUCCGGUCAAAUAUAGACUCAAGUUUCGCUUUGGAUAGUAAUGGCCCAACUCUCUUCCACCGAGGAAUGUUGUUUAUUUCUUUCUCAGGAGCUGUUGCUGCUUGUAUGCGACACCACAGGGCAGAAUAGCGGACAGGAUUCUGCUCUGCGUUUCACUGCGCCGGGAGGUCCUUUUGGAAAGAGUCGUGUUCGUUUGGGUCCCUAGCGCCCGAGUUUAAUUCACUUUUUUCCAGUAGCUACAAAUGAAGUGGAAUUCUCCAAGUGUUCUAAGGCGUAGGGUGCCAAAGAUGAGCGGAAAGGUUGUUUGGGCAGGGGUGGGGUGGGGAUGCCUUAAUUUUCAGUCUCAUCUCUCUGCUUUCCAACUGCUGAGCAUGGAUUGUGCUUAAAAUGGCUGUUCAAAACUGGCAGGCACUACUGCUGCAGUAAUGUGUUUUCCUGCCUUGGCAGGGAUUGGACUGUAUGGCCUUUGAGGACCUUCCCAAAUCUAUGGUUCUGUGACUGCUGCAAGAUGUGAAAGAUUACCUCAUAUGUUGAGUCUAUUUUUUUUUUAACUCCUGAUAAUUGAUUUC